AUGAAUAAACAAAAGUGGAGAUGUGUGGCUGCUACAUCUGUGGCUAUAUAUUCAUGUCAGGAGAACGCUUUCAGCACCACCAAGGGCAUGACCACAAGUGAUGCGAAUUUCCCACCAAACAAAGCACAGCAUCAAGAUGCCAAUUUUGUUGUUAAAAUUUGUCCCUCCUAUAAGCACUUCUCCUAUUUGUUUGAAUCCCUUAUGAACUCGACUGACUACUUCUUCUCAGCCCCUAAUAUGCGUGAUUUGUCAAAUGGUCGCAUGCCUCCAUAUAUGUUUGAGAUGAUUCCUUUUGUCAAGCAAAUUGCCAUCAAUAUCUGUGCUUUUCGAUACGAUAUUGUUUUAAAUGUUAUACUACUGCUGUUCGCCUAUCAAUGUCGAAAAAAUAUGGCAAAUAAGCCAAAAUUAAACCAUUUUCUUUGGAUGGCGUCGUCAUGUGCACGAACGUUUCGUGUUUAUUCAAAAGAAGUUGAUGAGGUUGUCAGGGUACAGGUCAUCCACUUGGUAGUCAGUGCAUUACAAAUCCAAAAAUAUAAGAGGCUUUCUGAAGUUACUGCACCAAUAUAUUUUUACGGCAUUGAUUUCAGUGACUUCAUAAAAAAUUAA